AUGUCCGGGACGGGCAAGCGUGGAGCAUUGACGGAGGAUUGGAUGCUUCCCACACCCAGCCCAAGAACUCUCAUGUUAAGCUUGUUCAACGAAGAUUUGAGCUCAGGUCCAUGCUCCGAUGUUUUCGGUGACAACAAACCCCAGGAUGGAAUCGACGGGGCCAAACCUUCUUUAGUUGUUUCGAGCUGGGAAGAAACUACUCAAGUUGUAGAAGCCCCUCCCCAUUUUGAACCAAACCUGUUUGGCGCCAAGGAGAAACCAAUCUCAGGUAGCAGCCUUGCAGAAAGGAUGGCCCCAGGGAAUGGCUUAUGUGCCCUCCAAAUUGACACUUCUCGUGUCGGUUCUUCCGUGUCGAUCCGGUCUCCGGUCGUGAUUCCACCGGGCGUGAGUCCAAGGGAACUUCUCGAGUCGCCAGUUUUUCUUCCCAACGCCAUUGCGCAACCUUCUCCUACCACUGGCAAAUUGCCAUUUCUUAUGCGUGCUAAUGCUAAUCUAGCAAUACCAUCGGUCCAUAAGAAGGAUGAAGAUCUAUCAUCACGUGAUGGCUGUACAAUCUUCUUUCAGCCCAUUUUGAGGCCUAAACCACCAAUUUUUCCAACCACGAACAAGACCUCAGUAGGCGAUAAUCGGCAGGAUCUAAGCCUUCAAUCUAGCUCAACUGCAACCAAGGAUGUCACCAGGACAACUAGUGUUAAACCUAAGAAACUUGAUUUCAUGUUUGAUAAUGAUCACCCCAUCCCCAUCCCGGACAAAGAACAAGAAGAGUGUGAUGCAGACCGAGACGGGAACUAUUCGUUAGCCCCGGUCAUUGCUGCUGAGGAUGGAUAUAACUGGAGGAAGUAUGGACAGAAGCAAGUGAAGAACAGUGACCAUCCAAGAAGCUACUACAAAUGCAGCCACCCAAAUUGCCCUGUCAAGAAAAAAGUGGAGCGUUGUCAGGAUGGCCAUAUAACAGAGAUAGUCUACAAAGGUUCCCACAAUCACCCUUUACCGCCUCCCAGCCACCACUUCCAAGAUGUGCAUGGUGAAAUUCUUGGGACAAAACUGUCAGCUUCUCUAAAUACAGCAGAUCAACUUGCAGACAUAUCCGCUGUGGAGACGCGAGAAGCUGUUGAUAGCUCGCCAGUGCUCUCCAAUGAAGACGACAAUAAGGGAACACACGGUACCGUUUAUUUGGGCUUCGACGGGGGCGGAGAUGCGACCGGAUCCAAAAGAAGAAAGAUGGAUUCUGUCACUUCAACCACUGCCAUAGGUACCAUAGACAUAGAGGCUAUGGCGUCGAGAGCUGUUCAGGAGCCUCGUGUGAUUGUACAGACAACAAGUGAUGUCGACAUCCUUGACGAUGGUUACCGUUGGCGCAAGUACGGGCAGAAAGUUGUCAAAGGCAAUCCAAAUCCAAGGAGCUACUACAGAUGCACACACCCAGGCUGUUCGGUGCGCAAGCACGUCGAAAGAGCGUCAAACGAUCCAAAAUCCGUUAUCACGACGUACGAGGGCAAGCAUGACCAUGAAGUUCCAGCUGCCAGAAACACCGGAAGCCCAAGUUCUGGCCCUGGUGGCGCGCCACCAGCUCCACCGCAGGCUAAUAUCCUUCACCGGAGUCCAGAACCGGCACAAGGCAGACUGUCCCAGUCUGGUGGUCUCGCUGCUUAUGGCUCAACUGGUCGGUCCGGUGUGGCAGAUGCCUUCUCCUCUGGAAUGCUGCCACACGGCAUAGCGGUUCUGGCACCGCCUUUGGGGACAUUUGCGCCAUCACAGAUAUCUGGUCAUCCACCGGCAAUGCAGGGCUAUGCAAGGCGCAUGCCGCUAACUGGGGAGGAGAAGGUGAAUCCAGCGGCACAGCAUGGCAAGCCAGCAACAAAUAGGACGACAGCUUACCAGCAGCUGAUGGGCAGGUUGUCUCAGAAGUCAGAAUCCUCAUAUGUAGAUAGCAGGAACAUGGGUCAUGGAUGCAAAUAA